CCACUAACCGCUUGGUAAAGAUCUCCAUGAGGUUUGCUGAAAUUGAGUUCUCGGAUAAGUCCUCAGUUGUGCCAGUUGUGCUUUAAGCGAAAUCGUUUGCAAAAAUAUUUGCGCAGGCCUCUUUAGUAAUAUUGUAAUAGUCACCAGCAUCGGUUGAAUACUUAAAGCUACCAUGUGGAUUUGUAAAAUUUUAAUAUACUCCCUGAUCCUUGGACUUGUUGCGGCGCAGAUCUGUUAUGAUGAACGUCCUAGUGGAACUCGCAGAGUAAAAUUUAGGCGUUGCUGCAAGGACUACAAAAGAGUAAGAGGCCCUAGACUCAGAUGCAUUCCACAAUGCAAAGUGAAUUGUGGAAGUGGCUCCUGUACGAAACCAAAUGUCUGUACCUGCCAGAAAGGAUAUAAAAACUUCAAUAACGAUCCAUCUAGCCGAUGUGUGCCCUUCUGCGAGGGCUGCAAUCGAGGAACCUGUCAAGCUCCGGGCCGCUGUGUCUGUCCCGAGCGCCACCUGAUGGACGAAAAGACAAACAACUGCAUGCCCCAAUGUGCCAGUGGUUGUCCAAAUGGAACUUGCAUAACGCCGAACAAUUGUAGUUGCAACCAAGGAUACGGACUGAAUGCAAGUACCCAGGUGUGUUUGCCAAUAUGCAAGGAUAACUGCAGGGCAGCCAAUGGCUUCUGCGCGGCGCCCAAUCGCUGCGAGUGCAAUUCAGGUUUCAUUGCCAAGCCGAACUCCAAAUCGUUUGAGUGCCAGCCGGUCUGCAAAAAUGGCUGCAGCAAUGGUGUUUGUCGGGCUCCCGACAAAUGUGAGUGCAACAAAUUCUACAGAAAGAACAUCGAUGGGAACUGCGUUCCAAUCUGCGAAGACGGAUGCGUGAACGGAAACUGCACAGCACCGGACGUCUGUCAAUGUCUGCCGGGAUAUACGAAAAUUGGGCAAAAUGUUUGCUUGGCCGUUUGUCCCGCCGUCUGCAAGAAUGGAGAUUGCGUGGCGCCCAAUGAGUGCCUCUGCAACGCUGGAUACACAAAACGGGAAGGUGUCUGCACUCCGGAUUGCAAGGAUGAAUGUGAGAACGGAUUCUGUGAAGCUCCAGAAAAGUGUUCAUGCAAUGAGGGAUAUAAAAUGGACAGUGAAAACAGGUGUGUACCAAUCUGCUCCAGAGUAUGUGAAAACGGAUUCUGUGUUGCCCCAGAGAAGUGUUCCUGUAAUGAAGGAUACCGGAUGGAAACGAACAACAGUUGUUCCCCAAUCUGCUCAAGAGAAUGUGAGAACGGAUUUUGUGCUGCUCCAGAAGAGUGUUCCUGUAAUGAGGGGUAUAACAUGGACAGUGAAAACAAGUGUGUACCAAUCUGCUCAAGACGAUGUGAGAACGGAUUUUGUGCUGCUCCAGAAGAGUGUUCCUGUAAUGAGGGGUAUAAAAUGGACAGUGAAAACAACUGUGUACCAAUCUGCUCCAGAGUAUGUGAAAACGGAUUCUGUGUUGCCCCAGAGAAGUGUUCCUGUAAUGAAGGAUACCGGAUGGAAACGAACAACAGUUGUUCCCCAAUCUGCUCAAGAGAAUGUGAGAACGGAUUUUGUGCUGCUCCAGAAGAGUGUUCCUGUAAUGAGGGGUAUAACAUGGACAGUGAAAACAAGUGUGUACCAAUCUGCUCAAGACGAUGUGAGAACGGAUUUUGUGCUGCUCCAGAAGAGUGUUCCUGUAAUGAGGGGUAUAAAAUGGACAGUGAAAACAACUGUGUACCAAUCUGCUCCAGAGUAUGUGAAAACGGAUUCUGUGUUGCCCCAGAGAAGUGUUCCUGUAAUGAAGGAUACCGGAUGGAAACGAACAACAGUUGUUCCCCAAUCUGCUCAAGACAAUGUGAGAACGGAUUUUGUGCUGCUCCAGAAGAGUGUUCCUGUAAUGAGGGGUAUAAAAUGGACAGUGAAAACAAGUGUGUACCAAUCUGCUCAAGACGAUGUGAGAACGGAUUCUGUGCUGCUCCAGAAGAGUGUUCCUGUAAUGAGGGGUAUAAAAUGGACAGUGAAAACAACUGUGUACCAAUCUGCUCCAGAGUAUGUGAAAACGGAUUCUGUGUUGCUCCAGAAAAGUGUUCCUGUAAUGAAGGAUACUGGACGGAAACGAACAACAGUUGUUCCCCAAUCUGCUCAAGAGAAUGUGAGAACGGAUUUUGUGCUGCUCCAGAAGAGUGUUCCUGUAAUGAGGGGUAUAAAAUGGACAGUGAAAACAAGUGUGUACCAAUCUGCUCAAGACGAUGUGAGAACGGAUUUUGUGCUGCUCCAGAAGAGUGUUCCUGUAAUGAGGGGUAUAAAAUGGACAGUGAAAACAAGUGUGUACCAAUCUGCUCAAGACGAUGUGAGAACGGAUUUUGUGCUGCUCCAGAAGAGUGUUCCUGUAAUGAGGGGUAUAAAAUGGACAGUGAAAACAACUGUGUACCAAUCUGCUCCAGAGUAUGUGAAAACGGAUUCUGUGUUGCCCCAGAGAAGUGUUCCUGUAACGAAGGAUACAGGAUGGAAACGAAUAACAGUUGUUCACCAAUCUGCUCAAGAGAAUGUGAGAACGGAUUUUGUGCUGCUCCAGAAGAGUGUUCCUGUAAUGAGGGGUAUAAAAUGGACAGUGAAAACAAGUGUGUACCAAUCUGCUCAAGACGAUGUGAGAACGGAUUUUGUGCUGCUCCAGAAGAGUGUUCCUGUAAUGAGGGGUAUAAAAUGGACAGUGAAAACAAGUGUGUACCAAUCUGCUCAAGACGAUGUGAGAACGGAUUUUGUGCUGCUCCAGAAGAGUGUUCCUGUAAUGAGGGGUAUAAAAUGGACAGUGAAAACAAGUGUGUACCAAUCUGCUCAAGACGAUGUGAGAACGGAUUCUGUGCUGCUCCAGAAGAGUGUUCCUGUAAUGAGGGGUAUAAAAUGGACAGUGAAAACAACUGUGUACCAAUCUGCUCCAGAGUAUGUGAAAACGGAUUCUGUGUUGCUCCAGAAAAGUGUUCCUGUAAUGAAGGAUACUGGACGGAAACGAACAACAGUUGUUCCCCAAUCUGCUCAAGAGAAUGUGAGAACGGAUUUUGUGCUGCUCCAGAAGAGUGUUCCUGUAAUGAGGGGUAUAAAAUGGACAGUGAAAACAACUGUGUACCAAUCUGCUCCAGAGUAUGUGAAAACGGAUUCUGUGUUGCCCCAGAAAAGUGUUCCUGUAAUGAAGGAUACAGGAUGGAAACGAAAAACCGUUGUUCCCCAAUCUGCUCCAGAGGUUGUGAGAACGGAUUCUGUGUUGCUCCAGAAGAGUGUUCUUGCAAUGAAGGAUACUACCAGGAAACUGAAAACAGUUGUACACCUAUUUGUAAAGACGGGUGUGACAACGGGCUUUGCGUGUCUCCCAAUGUUUGCAAGUGUGAUGACGGAUUUUUAUACCUUGAAGAAUAUAAAAGCUGUCAACUUGAGAAAAAUGUACUCAGCGUUGUGGAUUGUGAUCAGACCUGCCGAAAUGGAACCUGCGUAGAAGGAAUAUGUACUUGUGGUGAAUAUUAUAAACUGCUUGAGGACAAUAACGGGCUGUUCUGUCUUCCGAUUUGCGAGCCCGAGUGCCUCAAUGGAUUCUGUGAAUCUCCGGGGUCUUGUGUCUGCUGGGAUGGAGAGAGGCCGAAAGAUGGAUAUUCUUGCCAAUUUGCGGAUUCUGUUGGGUCAUUGACACGCCAGAAAAAGAAUUCAAGACCCUUGAUGUGGUUAUAUUUAACGAUUGGUGGCAUAAUUUUGAUCUUGGCCAUAGUAACGGCAUUGCUGAUGAUUUAUAUCUAUAAAAAACGGUCGUAUCACGUGGACAAGAACGAGAGGGAAUUCGGUGUAUAUUUUUCUCCCAAAAAGGUUGAUAUUAUUAGAGCGUAAACUUUGAUGGCAUGCAAGUAAUAAAAUAAAUAACAU